UGCUUCUCUUUGUCAGAGGACUCACUUCCGUUUUCAUGUUUGGUCCAGGUUUCUGGAAUUUACUAUCUAGUGAGACUCUGGGCCAUCUCUUGCUCUGAAUAACAGAAGUUCUAACCUGGUGUUUUGGAGACGGAGCUAAUAAGAGGAACUCCUUUUCAGCCUAUUCAUAGUUUGAGUCCGUCAUUUUAUUUUAUCCUUGAAAAAACACGACUGUUUACCUAGCUAGCUGGCUAGCAUCAGCCAGCUGAGUUAAACCACCUAGCAUGUUUCGGUUCUUGAAUGACGUUGACGACGACCCCUACAUGAUGGAUCCAUUUGCAGCUCACAGGCAGCAGAUGAGGCUAAUGUUUGGACCAUUUGGCAUGGAUCCCUUCGCCCUCACCCCCCAGAUACAAGCACCCCGUGCACCACGCAGACAGGCUGGUCCGUUGGCCCCCUUUGGCAUGAUGGGAAUGGGUGGAGGAUUCAUGGAUAUGUUUGGCAUGAUGGGAGAAAUGAUGGGAAACGUGGACAGGAUGUCCGGCUCACCGAACUGUCAGACGUUUUCCUCGUCAACAGUGAUCUCCUACUCCUCGACAGACUCCGGGCCUCCCGAAGUUUAUCAACAGACCAGUGCGACGAGAACAGGCCCCGGAGGGAUCCGCGAGACGCGACAGUCGAUGAGGGACAGUGAAAGCGGCCUUGAGCGUCUCGCCAUCGGCCACCACAUCGGGGAGCGUGGGCACAUAAUGGAGCGUUCCCGAAAUCGCCGCACUGGAGACCGCGAGGAACGACAAGACUUCAUUAACCUUGAUGAGACUGAUGCUGGAGCGUUUGAUGAGGAGUGGAGGAGGGAGGCAGUAAGAUACGUUCCCCCGACUGCCCGGGGGCUGGAGUACGGCCGGGAUCGACGGGGAGGAGGCCAGCAGCUCGCCCUUGCCGCCCCUCCCAGCUCAACGACCCCACCAGGACAUCGGCACGACUCCCCGAGAGACCGUCAGCCCCACACCCGUCCACGUUACGACUGGUGAGAGGUGUCACACUUGGGCGACUAGAUGGAAGAAGUUGAGGGAAGAUUUCCCCAAUACUGUGAACCACGCUGAAGAUGGAAGUUGAUGACCGUCACAACUGCCCGUCGUAAAUGUUUGAUAUGACUGGACUGUCUAUUCAUGAACCACACAUACGCACACACACACACACACACACACACGAACGAACGAAAACCCCACGCGCUUGAUAGUUACAUUUACAGUUCUCCUUCGCCACUGCUACACAACACACACACACACACACACACACACACACACAAUGCACCCUUGUGCAAACAAGGGUAUAACUACACUCACUUUAUAUAUACUCAUUCUCAAAACUUGACAUGUGUUUUUGCCCACUGCACUUCAGUGCUACAGUAUACAGUACAUAGAUCUGCUGUACAGUCCAUUUUAUGUUUGUGAAGGCACUAGUGUGUCAGUGAAUUGAAUUGUAUACAGUUAACCAAUUAAUCUAACGAAAUAAAAGUUCAUUAAACAUUGUUAGAUAAUAAUUAAAAUGUGUCUCUGUUGUGGUUGUGUUUGAGAUUUCAUGCCUUGUGUAAUAAAUCAUGGAGUUUUUUCUAAAACUGAAUCCCUCAA